UGUCCAUAUGAUGACAUGGUACCGUUAGCUACUCACCGUAACGCAUUGUCACUUGCAUUACCUGAAAUAAAACAGCCAUAAAACACCUUAAUUAAAAAACAAAUGCAUUUAAUCCAAUAUCAUAUAAUAGAAUGCACUGAAGCAAAAUCAACCUUUAGGAAAACAAUUUCAGAGAAAUCAGUGAUACAUUGAUAAAGUAUAAAUGAUAUGAGGGUUAGACAGCGGUGUAUUCAUACCUAUGAUAUAGGCAUCGGUUAGUGUGUAGCAUGCUGACUGAGACCGGCACUUCCUGUAACAACGACGCUGUAAACAAGACGGACACCGGUAAUGUUCUGACAUCAAAGUGCACACCAUCUAUGUUCCGCACUCUAUUGAACUGGUCUGGAUUAGCAAAUUGAUACAACAAAAAGAAAAACAAGAAAAUUAACAAGAUGGCUUACAGGAUGGUAGUGUCCUUGUUAAUCGCCAUCGUGUCUCUACUUGUUGUUACUGAUGCUCAAUUUGGAAUUCCCGUGGGCCCUCUCGAGGAAGUAUCACCGUCAGAAUUUGAACGAAUGAGAGGAGGAAUAACUCCAGUACAGCAACAGCGAGCACUUGGUCGGGGUAUUCUAAUGGGAAGGCGUCAAUUCAAUACGGUACCGUCUCGUUUUGCACAACAACGUCUUAUGCUUAGGCCUGGUCAAAUGCAAUUUCGUCUUAAUACAGGCAUUCCACCUGUAUUUCCGACUCAGUUUAACACGAAUGCUUUAGCUAGACGUGCCACUGCCCAGAACCAAGCCGGUAUGGUUGUUCCCUCUUUUAAUAGAAAUAACAUGCGGAUAGUGCCGAUGGGAAAUCCGAUAAGAACAUCCAGGCAACAACAAUUCCAACAAGAGGCAAUAAGGCGGUCACAGUUUGCUCAACGUUUUCGACCAUUCUUUAACGCAACCCCAUCGAGAUUUGGAGUAGCGACCGUUCAGCAAGCGAAUUCAAUCCUACAGACCAGGCAACAACCAGUAAUUCAACAAGCUUCAACGGUCGAUUUGAGUAGAUUUCCAAAUUUUGGAACAAACAAUGGCAAUGAAAUGGGCAAUCAGCUUAUUAAUCAAUUGAUGUCUUUUCAACAAAUUUCCGCGGAUCUUCCAGGUCAAAGUGGAGUUCAACAGCAACUGGUACCAAGAGUAAUGCCAGUACAAUUACCUGCAGAUCAGCAAUUUUUAAACAACAUGUUAAUUCAGCCUGUCGCACAGUUUCCAAACACUCAAGGACAGUUUCAGACGGGUCAAGGCGUGCGUUCCACACAAACUGUCCAACAGUUGACAGGAAACAAUAUUGUUACACCUACUUUUUCAAAUAAUUUGCCUGUCCCUCAACUACCCUUUACAUCGGCACAAGGAAUCAAUUCACAAGGACAAAGCACCGUUACAGUUCCCAUGGCUUCUUCAGGAAUCAACCCACCGCAGUGGUCGUUCCAAUCAGGUAACACACCAGCAGUUAUUGGUGGACAGGAUGCAUCACAAAUUCUACAGACAUUACCACAAACAGGUUCGAGUGUUGAAAAUAAUCAGAUGUUUACAGGCCUGUCUAAUCAGGGUAUCACAGAUCCAUCUGGUCAGGUUUUCAAUAACCAAGGUGCCAUAAAUCCAACUGCUGCUUCGCCGUCCUCACAAACCACCGGUGAUAAUACGCCUGUUCAAUUUGAUGAACAAAUAACGAUGUUCCAUCCAAUCACUCAGGAAAUGUGCUACCGAGGACGAAAUCUUUCGCCCGAUCUCGAGAAGUGGAUUGUAAACAUUUUGACAAUGAGGGCUCAAAGACCUGGCGGUGAUGUACUUUGUCGGAAUCGAGAUAGCUACACUAUAACAGAAAUAAUAGAGAUGGAAAAAGAAUUAUUAGCCUUAGGUAUUGACCCUCACAAUCCAGCAGCGUUCAAACUACAACCAGAAAUAGUAGACAUGACUGGUAAUGGAGUCCGUACUGGAACUGCUGCAUCCUCUAACACGGCACCUAGCACAGGAUUACCCAUUCCUCCUGCUGACGUUCUGGUUGCUUUUUCAACUCCAACACAAGGAUCUUUACAAAGCAGAUCGUAAUAUCUCAGAUGGUAGACAUUCCUAGAUUAUUUGGGUCGUUCUUUUUGCCGAUCCUCAACUGAAGAACCACACAAUGGACUUUUGUCUCAAAAGUGCGUCAACAUAUACAGGUCAAUUAGCAUGACUUUAAUAGUAUCUUGUCAAAUAGAAAAUAGGAACAAUGCACACAUUUCCUGCAUCACUGUUCGGAUUGCUCAACUCAUGACUCAAAAAGUUGUUGUUUUGAUGAAUACCAUUUCAUUUUCGUAUGCAGAUUGGGAACCAAGAACAUUUCAAAACAAAAUCAAAGACUUUAUGAAUGCCUUCAAAUUCAAGAAGAUAAAGCAGAUAUGUAAUAUCAGAGGCUACUUGUUACCUACAUCACAAGUGAUAUUCCUAAUGAUAUUUCUGACAAGUCCAGGAAGGUGUGUCGGACGCUAACGAUUUAACAUACAGUAAAUAUGUCUAAAAUCACGAAAAACGCUGAAAACCGGAACAUUUGUCAUGGUAACGACAGAAAAAGAUUUUUAAGUGUAAAAGAAGAUUCUCCGGUAGAUUCUCCUGGCUAUGGAUUAUAUUGGUCCUCUAUCAUGAAACAAAGGAAAAUUAGAACAGACUCUUCGGUAACGAAUCAAUUGUGACAGUAUUUGGUAUGAGUUGGUGAAUUGAAAAUAUUUUUAUUAUCAGAAUGCAAAGUGAAAAGAAUAAAUAACAAAACAACUAGAAAAUUUCAAACGACAACAACGUUAAUAACAAGAAUAUUCUUGUUAUUAAUCCAGUCAUAAUAUGUUAGUACUUUAAAAUAGAUGUUAACAAAUACAAUGUACCUAUAUCUGCAUGAAAAAUUAAUAAUGAUUCUUAUCCAUGAUUACUUCAUCCAUAAUGGAGAAUAGUAGAUAAAUUUGUCUUGUAGUUUCUAUAUAGUUAUUGUCCCAUGGACUUAUUUUUCAUAUACCCUCAUUUAAAUUUGGCCAACAUACAUUGAUAUUCACAUAUAUACCACAUUUGUUAUUUGGUUUAUUUAACCAUGGAGUAUGACCCCUGUUCAUAAUUGAUUUAACGAAAAUGAUAGUUAAAAGCAUUCUUUUUUCAUGUAGUUCUUAUUCAUUGUUCGUGUAGAAAUAUUACAUUGUAUUCAAUAAAUAUUUAUUUCUCUCUUAUUUCAUUGUAUGUUUAUUUU